CACGCUGUCCGGUCAUGCUUGGUGGGACGUUCUGGCUGCUGCUGCUGCUGUUGCUGCCACUGCGACCCCCGGGCACGCAGGGCCACAGCGGUGCCGCAAGCUCAGGGCAGGAGGACGAGGAACCGGCCGCUUGGCCGGGCGUCCAACGCCUGAAGGAGCAGCUGAGGACAGUCGGAACCCUCUCCAAACGGUACUGGGGGUUAUUCAGCUGCACUGUGUGGCCCGAUCACUGUCAGGACCGGGAGGCCCCCGCGCCGCCGCUGGACUGGAGCCUUCCUCUGCAGUGGGGCCGGCGGUCCCUGGAUCGCUUCACCGAGUGGUUCUGCCGCUUUCAGGACUGCUGCACCGGUGGCGGGGACUGCAGGAUCUCCAACAACUUGACAGGCUUAGAAUCAGACCUGCGUGUGCGACUGCAUGGCCAGCAUCUGGCUAGCGAGCUGGUCCUAAGAGCUGUGAGGGGCUACUUAGAGAAGCCCCAAGGAGACAAGGCCCUGGCUCUGUCAUUCCAUGGCUGGUCUGGCACAGGCAAGAACUUCGUGGCCCGGAUGCUGGCGGAGAACCUGUAUCGGGAUGGACUGAGGAGUGACUGUGUCAAGAUGUUUAUCUCCACCUUCCAUUUCCCACACCCCAAGUACGCGGACAAGUACAAGGAGGAGUUGCAGUGGCAGAUGCAGGAGACCCGGCGGCGCUGCCACCAGACCAUGUUCAUCUUUGACGAAGCGGAGAAGUUGCACCCGGUGCUGCUGGAGCUGCUUGGACCGCACCUGGAACCCAGAGUCCCCGAGACCCAGGGCGUUGAGCCACCGCGGGCCAUCUUCCUCUUUCUCAGUAACCUUGGAGGCAGUGUCAUCAACAAAGAGGUCCUGGGUUUGCUUAAGGCUGGGUGGUCCAGGGAAGAAAUUACGAUGCAGCACUUGGAGACCCUCCUUCAAGCUGAGAUCACGGCGUCCACAGACAGUAGCUUUGGUUCCAGCCGUCUUGUGAAGGAAAACCUUAUUGACUUCUUCGUCCCCUUCCUGCCAUUGGAGUACUGCCAUGUGCGGCUGUGUGUCCGGGACGCCUUCCUGAGCCAGGACCUCCUGUACACAGAAGAGGCCCUGGAUGAAAUCGCCAAGAUGAUGACGUAUGUCCCCGAGGAGGAGCAGCUUUUCUCCUCCCAGGGCUGCAAAUCCAUUUCCCAGAGAAUCAACCUCUUCCUCCCUUGAAAGUGACUCACUGUGCUCACUGGAUCUGCCAGGCACCCCAGCGUCCCACGCCACUGCUCCAGCUAGUGCAGGAGGCAGACCUGAAAACCACUUGGUGCCUUAAAGACCUACCUUCUAGAUACUCUAGAAUGCAGGCCAGUUAGUCAAAAAGCCAUCGGGAAGUCCAGGUGCCAAAGGGUCCCCAGAACUCCCCUGCAGUCUGCUGGCGCCGCAGCUCUCCGCAGUCUGUGGUCGCAGGAUUCUUGGGCUACAGAACAUGGAAGGAUGGAAGAUCUGUGGCUCAGCGGGAGUGUGCUCCAUCCAGUCUGUAGGCGUGGGCCAGCUUCUGUGUGCGAGCAGAACAGCAAAGGGGGCCUUAGGUAAAGGGAAAACCACAUGCUUUCAAAACAUGCCAGUGACGUGGGGGCACGCACCUGUGAUCCCAGCACUGAGUAGGCCAAUACGGGAGAGAGCUCAAGAGGUCCACACCACGGGUGUGUAGCUAAGGCAUGUUUAGACCGAAAACUUUUUUUUUAAUUAGGGGCCUUGCUACAGAAUGUACUAUGUGUAGAUUAAAUUUUGUAUUUUUC